AUGAACCUUACCGUUUUUAAAAAGAAAAUAUCUUUUAAGAAUUAUUCUCUUGAAUAUCAACCAAACUUAAAGAAAUUAAACAAAGAAAAACGCAAAUUUUUAAAAGAAUUCUCUUCUAUAUACGGAUAUGAUGGUAAAAUAAAUCAAAUCCGCGAGAAAGAAUAUCCACAAUUAAAAUCUUGUGCAUAUCUUGAUCAUACGGGAUCAACUACCUUUGCAAAAAGUUCCCUCACAGAAUUUGUAAAUGAUAUUACCAAUAACCUUUAUGGUAAUCCUCAUUCAAAUUCACCUAGUUCUCAAGCAAGUACGGAAAGAAUUAAAAAAGUUCGUACCAAGAUUCUCGAGCAUUUUGAUGCAAAUGAAAGAGAUUAUGCUAUAAUUUUUACUCAAAAUGCUACUGCAUCCAUUAAAUUGGUCGGAGAAAUUUUUCCUUGGACGAAUAAAUCUAGUUAUCGAUAUUUAAGAGAAUCUCAUAGUAGUAUCAAUGGUUUAAGAAGAUUCCCCGAACAACUUAACGCUGUAAUUGAAGCAGUGACUGAAUAUGAUGUUGAUUCAAUGAUCAACGAGAAUACCUCCAUCGAUUUUCUUGAUAUGGACGAAGAAGAAAUUACGUAUAAUCUUUUCGCGUAUCCGGCACAAUGUAAUUUCUCUGGAAUGAAAUUUCCUUUGAGCUGGACUUCAGGAAUCAAAAAAUUUGAUACUGAAUAUUCAAAAACGUUGGUUUUAUUAGAUGCUGCAGCUUAUGUUCCGACGUCAUCACUAUCUUUAGCUAAUAAAGAAACAUCACCAGAUUUUGUUGUGCUUAGCUUUUAUAAAAUGUUUGGAUUUCCAACUGGAUUAGGAGCUUUAAUCUUAAAGACUGAAUUGAAUCAAAUUUUAAGGAAAGCUUACUUUGGCGGUGGCACACUUAAGGCUUCUGUUUAUGAUAGACAAUGGCAACAAUUUAGAGAUGAUUUGACGGAACGCUAUGAAGAUGGCACAGUGAAUUUCCUGAACAUAAUUGCGUUAGAUUAUGCAUUCGAUUCAAUGGAAAGAUUAUAUAAAAAUUAUGAAUAUAUUUCGAAUCAUGUGACUAGUUUAAUCACGUAUCUUAGUCGUACCAUGAAAUCAUUUUGUCAUUACAACGGUCAAGCCGUUUGCAUAGUAAAUUCAGAUAGAGAUUUUUCAGAUAAUAAGCAACAAGGUGCCACAUUUAGUUUUAAUUUGAAACGUUCGGAUGGAAAAUUGGUUGGAUAUCUCGAAGUUGAAAAGUUGGCUAGUGUAAAUGGCAUUCAUAUUAGAUCUGGUGGUAAUUGUAAUCCUGGUAGUGUAUCAAAAUGGAUGGGAAUUACUUCUGACGAAUUCAUGCAAAAUUAUAUGUGUGGGAAAGUUUGUGACGAUAAUCAAGAUAUAUUCCAUGGAAAAUCGUAUGGCGCAGUUCGUUUGUCUAUAGGCGCAAUGACAACUAUUGAAGAUAUCUUAAUAUGGUUAGAUUUUUUUGAAAGAAAUUAUGUCGAAACAUCGCCUGAUACAAAUUUCUUGUAA